AAGAAAAAUUGACUAAAAAAAUCUAACCAAAAAAAAUAAAAAUAUUUCAUCCAAUUAUAAUAUUAUUAAAUAAACCAUACUUGUAUUUAAUUUAAUUUACGUGUCAAACACUAUUACAAUAACACACGGUUUUCUUUCAAUAUGUAAAUUUUCACUAUAGUUAUAAUCAUGUCUGAUUUCGAAAUAAGUGAGGCGUUGGCCUCAUUAGAGAUGCUAAUGUCGGAGUUCUUUGCACCCACAACAAAUAAUUUCAGAAAAAGAGAAAUUGAAAAUAUGCUAGAGAAUUUUUCCAAUAAUCGCGAUUCUUGGAAGCAUUGUUUGUUAUUUCUCCAAAAAUCAGACAAUCAAUAUGUUUUAAUGUUUAUACUUACUACAUUAGAGAAAAUAAUAAAUAAGCAAUGGGUUAGUCUAUCAGACAAUGAAAAAACAGAAAUCCGUUUGAAUUUGAUGAAUGAAUUGAUGACAAAACAUGAAACAAUGUUGUAUUUCAUUAGGAACAAGCUAGCAGCACUGCUAGUCUCCAUUGCUCGCUAUGAUUGGCCACAUCUGUAUCCUGACUUUUUCAGCAAUAUUGUAGAACUACUGAAAUGUGAGGGUCACCAAUGCAUAGUUGGGUUGGUGUUAGCUCAAGCAGCCAGUGAAGAGUUGGGUGCAGCUCGUGAUACAGGCGUAUUACUGCUAUCCUCUAGGAGGAGCCAACUUGAACGUCUUAUGCUUAAAGGGAUGCCUCAAAUGCUAGCAGCCCUUAGUGCCAUACUGGAGAAGAAUGCUCAAAAGGAAGGCCAGUCCAACCCUCCUCCGUCCCCUACCAGAGGGUUGCCGCAAACAUCGGCUUUGCCUGAUCUACUGGCCAAUGCGCAUGAUGUACAUUCAGCAGACAAAGCACUAAAUAUGGAAAUAGUAGUGAAGUGCCUUACUACACUGCAGCACUUGUUUCUCUGGUUGCCGCUCUCAUCACACGUCCCGCCAUCACUUGUUACCACAGUUUUUUAUUGGGGCAGUGUUGCCACACAAUCACAGAGCGCGGAGGCAGCGCUGGCCGGGCUGGGCGGCGUGUGCGAGCUGCUGUACCGGCGGUACGCGCCGCCCUCGUCGGCCGCCACGGCGCUGCGCCUGCAGCACUGUGCGCUGCGCCUGCUGCGCCAUCUCACGCAGCACCCGCAGCACAUGCAGCGCGCGCACCAAGAUUAUCUAAAUAAGCUGGCCGAGUUCCUAAAGUUGUUUGUAUCCCUGCAUUUCAAGAGGUUAGAAGCAGAGCCCGAGUUUGAUGCUAUAGACUUCUUGUCAUACUUAUUCCAGUACACAUUCCAGGUGCCAACAUGUUCUACAUUUGUAAGUUGCUUAGAUAUAUGGAUACAGUUCAUUGACGUAUUAAAACCGGAAGACACUCCUAAGUAUUGGGAAGCCCUUCAGGCGCUGGUGAAUGGCGUGUUGAACAAGAUACAGUUUCAGCACAACAAAGCUCAAUUGCAACACCUUGACAACGACGUGUGCGAUGAUGAUGGAGAAACCGAGUGGCAGAAGUUCCUAAAACACUGUAUAGAAUGUAUUGCGCGAGUGGCGGAUUUGGCGCCUCUGGACGUUUUUACUGCUGUGAUGGAACGGUGGCAAUGCUUGGCGGGCGUGCACGCGCGCGCGUCUGGACGCGGCGGCGCCGCGGGGGAGGCGGAUCGUCUGCUGGCCGCGCUGCUGGACCUGGCCACGUUGACGCGGGUACUGGGCCGCCUCGCGCCAUCGUUACUUGCGGAGCCGGAGCAUGGCAGUACAGGUACCGGAGCUGCGCCGAGCGUGGGCGGCGCCGGGCGCGGCUGUGCGGCUGGCGCGGCGCUGGUCGAGCGUUGCGCGAGUGCGCUGGCGGGCGCCGCGCUGACGCGACCGCAUCGCUCGCAUCCGUCCCCUGCGCUGGCCCGCGCUCAUGUUAUACUGCAUGCGGAAAUGUUCGCGUGUAUGGGCGCUUGGUGCUGCUACGCGAGCGAGUGCGGCGUGCCGCUACACACUAUGGAGAGCCUGUUCAGCUCUGCGCUGCCCUUCCUCGUGCCGCACGAUGUGCCGGAGCCACCACUUCUGUGUCACGCGGCAGCACACUUGCUGCUCAGUUUGUCGAAGAACGUCAAGUACACCACCGAUCUGAUGGUCAUGCUGGGCGAUCUAUACAAUCACGCUCAACGCUCUCUACAUUAUUUAGAACCAAAGACGGCUGGCGUGGUGCGCGAGGCGCUGGUGUCGCUGGUGCUGGCGCGUGGAGUGAGCGGCGCGGGUGGCGCGCAGGACGCGGCGCGCGCGCUGCUGGGCGCGUGGGCCGGCGCGCUGGCUACGGCGGGCCCGGCGCACGCGCUGCCGCCGCUCACCGCGCUGCUGCACGCCUUCGCCGACGCACCCACCGCCGCCAAGAAGAUAAUAGCUGAGGGCAUAUGCAGCGCAGCGGAGAGCGCUCUGCGCAUGCUGUGCGAGCCGGCGUGCGGCGCGGACGCCGAGAUCACGGACUUCUUCCUGGCUCUCUUCACAGCACUGCUGCCACAGCUCGGGAACUUCGCGUACACUGCUAUUGAUGUCUUCCUUGAGGUAGCACAAAGGGGCUCGGGCGACGGCGAGGGUAGUUUGGAACGUUUAGUGGAGUGCGUGCGUUUGGGUGUGGAAGCGGGCGGAGGCGGCGUGCGCGUCCAUGCAGUGCUGGACCUGUUACACUCGCACGUGUUACCUCGAGCAGAUCCCGCCUCGCCCACACUAGCACGCGCAGCGCACAGACUGCUGGCAAGCGUUUUAGUACACCGAUGGCGAUACUUCUUCCCGCACAAGUGUGAAGGCGAGGAAGCGUUGCGGCGCACGGCGGAGCUGCGCGGCGCGCUGACGGCGCUGGGUCGGGCGCUGCUGCAGCCGGACAUCGAACUGUUGCGCAUCAACCUCAACACGCUCGACACACUCAACACCAAGUGGAAACUAUAUCACAAAGCAAUAUUCCGUAGCGAAUUCAUGGGCUCGGUGCUAACGGUGCUAUUAUCGGGGCUGGUGGAAGGCGGCGCUCGAGCCUUAUUGCUCGACGAAGCUCUCGCGGCCGUGCACGCCAUGGCUGCCGUGGACUUCGUGGCCUUCCGACGCGCCUUCCUGCCACAUUUUCUUCAGACACUGCCUGGUUUAGAGCCGCAUCAUGUGCGCUUGCUCGCCGACUUCCCGCCAGACACGGAUCUACCAACGUUUACGCAAAAUAUUCAACGGCUUAUGAACGACGUGAACUGUUACCGCACAUAUCAGUCCCUUGCGUGCAACACGAUGGGGUCCUAGUAAAUCCACGCCCUAUGAAUUUCGGUGCUGAGUUCAAGUCACCAGUUCCCCUAGAACGAGUUUGGACAACUCACAAACUUUUGAUGGUUUUUGUAAGUGACCCCAGAGCUAAGAUGCAAAUACAACAUGUUCUGCUGCUACAGAAAACGAUUGAAGACGUCAAACUUUUCAAUAAAUUCUAGGCAUUGUACGCCCUGGCGUGAUCUCAUUUGUCCAUCGUCCUGCCAGAAGACAUUACAGUUUGUUUGGAACCUAAAAUCAACAAAACUCAGAUUUCUUUUUGAAACUGAAACUGUAAAAAGUCAUUCUAGGGGUGCACAAAAAUUUAGUUCAAACUUUAAUUAAGUACUUGCAUUGAAUUUAUUGAGUCAAAUUAUUGUAAUCUUGAAUAGCUCAAUGGUGUACAGGUUAAAAUC